AGUCAAGACUAUACUUGGGCCUUCUUUUGUAGAUUUGUACCCCUCUGUGCUUUAUUUGACUCGCCCGCUCGAGGCCCACUACCGAUGAUACAACUAGGCAGUGAUCGUGCUCGCCUGAUUGACAGGCUCGAACGUGACCUCGAGAAUCCUAAGAAUACUAUGUCGUGGCUACACGCACCUCCUGGCGCUGGAAAGUCUGUCAUUGCAUACACUCUUGCCAGUCGUUGCAGGCAGAAGCAUAGAUUGGCAGGCAGUUUCUUCUUCUCUUGUAGGCACGCAAACUGCAGAAGUGCGCGUUCUGUUGUGCUCUCACUUGCAUAUCAACUUGGCCUUUCUCAACCGCAGGCGAAGGAGAAAAUAAUUGCGGCCCUAGAGAGUGAUCCUGGUAUAAUUUCUCCUUCUCGCGAUCUGCGCGAGCAAUUUGCCCGGCUCCUCAUUGAACCUUUGGAGGCGCUU